UAUUUUUCAAACCCAACCCAGCCCGAACCCGUGACGGGCCGGGUUGACUCACGGGUUGUGACCCAUUUUGACGGCUCUAAUAUCUAGUACCAAAAGCAAUCCAUCAACACAAAAGACAUAAUUCCAGGCGCUGCAGCAGAUUGUUUCACAAUUGCAAAAAAAUAAUGAUGUUAGAAGUGGAGGUAAUCUCCAAAGAAAUCAUCAAACCCUCUUCUCCAACCGAGGACCAUGUUCGUCAUUACCAACUCUCUUUUCUCGAUCAAGUUUCUCCCAUGGUAUAUAAUCCUAUAGUUCUCUUUUACUCUUGCGACGGUAUCACUCAAUUCAACAGAACCACCAUUUCCGAAAAGCUCAAGAAAUCUUUGUCUGAUGUUUUAACCCAUUUCUACCCGCUUGCCGGGCGACUCAACGGCAACAGUACUUUUAUAGAAUGCUACGACGAGGGUGUUCCCUACUUAGAAGCAAGAGUGAAGUGCAAAGUUGUAGACGUUAUUAGCAAACCAGUUCCGGGAGAACUCAACCGUUUGGUUCCAUUUCUACUACAUGAUGUCACCAACAUCACAUUUGGUGUUCAACUUAAUGUUUUUGAUUGCGGUGGCAUCGCAAUCGGAGCUUGCCUUUCACACCAGAUCGCAGACGGACUGUCAUUUUUCACGUUCCUCAAUUGUUGGGCAGCCAUUGCUAGGGAGGAAAGUGUGUUGCCAAAUCCACAGUUUAUUUCAGCUAAGCUCUUUCCACCGAAAAAUAUAUCUGGGUUUGACCCUCGAAGUGGCAUCGUGAAGGAGAACAUCAUCUGCAAGAUGUUUGUGUUUGACGGUUCUGUUGUUGAAAAUCUUAGAGCAAGAUAUGCAGCAGGUGCUACUCGAGUCGAGGCCUUAUCUGUUUUCAUCUGGAGUCGCUAUGUGGCUGUCACUAGAAAGCAAUCUCUUCCUCAGAGAACAUAUGCUGUGAUUCACGCAGUGAACCUGCGUCCAAAGAUGGAACCACCACUUCCUCCCGACUCCUUUGGCAACUACUACCGAAUCACUAUGACAACUUCGUCUUUUAACACCGAAGAGGAGUGUCAUGAUCUUGAUCUAGCGAAACAGGUAAGGGAUCAGAUAAAGAAGAUUGACAAAGAUUAUGUGAGAAAACUCCAAGAUGGAAACGAGCAUUCUAAUUUCCUGAAGGAUAUUUCAUUUAGAGUGCUUGAGAAGGGGGAACUAGUCUCGUUUAGUAUUACUAGUUUGUGUAGGUUUCCUUUGUACGACUCUGAUUUUGGAUGGGGAAAACCAACAUGGGUAGGUUCACCCGCUUUAAGUUUCAAAAAUCUGGUUGUGCUUAUAGACGCAAAGAAUGGCGGCGGCAUAGAGGCUUAUGUUAGCUUAAAGGUGGAGGACAUGGCAAAGUUCGAGGCAGAUGAGGAGUUGCUUGCCUUCGUGAACACACCACGGGCUUCUUCAUUCAUGCGUGCGAUGUAAUAUUACUACACUCAUGAUAAAACCUGCUAUUUUCAAUCCAUUACUACAAUCAUAUCUUGUAGAAAUGGACUGUAAUUUGAUUUGUUUGUUUUUGCCAAAUAUAUAUUUCCUUGUAACCACGUAUUAAUUUGAGAAAUUUUAUGCUAUCCAC